CAACCAAUCAAGAACCUAUAAAAAGUAAUUAAUAUUAAUUUGUUAUUAAGUGUUAUUUCAUUUCAUCACCAGUCGGCAUCGGAAACCAGCAGCUCCAGCACCAUGAGAAAUUUCGCUUUCAUUGCUGUAAUUUUAUUUGGCUUAACGGUCGCUAUUCCAUUUAUUGAAGAGCGUCCAACAUGCGUGGUAAAAGGCGAUCCCCAUCAUACAACCUUUGAUAACGUAUCUUAUAACUUUUCUGGUCAUUGUGCUUAUACCAUGGUUGAAGACGCUGUGCAUAAUCCGCCACUCUUUUCUGUCACUGCAGAAAAUAUGUUCCAGUCAGGAG